AUAUAUAAUAAUCCCCUUGUGGCUGAUGUUUCAAGCUUCGUAUUCCAAAUGGCUUCUGUCGCUACCGGUGCUGUCAUUGUCCUCCUGCUUGGCUGCGCCCUCAAUGCCUUCCAAGCGGCUGCAAACCACGGCAGCCCCACUCCGGCACCAAGGCCAGAUGACCGUCACUACCCAGUGCCAGUAGCCGCCCCUAGCCAUCACCACCACCAUCACCAUUCUCAUGCCCCUGCUCCUUCCCCUGUUUACGCACCUCCCCCUCCGGCUCACUACGCUCCGGUUCCCUCUCCGGUUCAACCACCCAAACGGUCCACCUACAUCCCAAGAAGCUUUGUUGAAGUCCAAGGUGUCGUUUAUUGCAAGUCUUGCCAUUAUCCUGGUGUUGAUACUCUUCUUGGAGCUAAACCCCUAAACGGUGCUACAGUGAAGCUGUCAUGCAAGAACACCAAAUACGCUCCAACGGUGGAAACCGCCACAACUGACAAGAAUGGGUACUUCCGGCUGGCAGCGCCGAAGAACGUAACGAGCUACGCAUUCCACCGGUGCAAGGUUUAUCUGGUGAAGUCGCCGGACAGCAGUUGCAGUAAGAUGUCGAAAAUGAAUGGCGGAGAGGACGGGGCGGAGUUGAAGCCAGCAAAGGCAUUCACGGACGCCGAGAAGAAACCGGUUGUGCUGUACAAUGUUGGGCCAUUGGCUUUUGAACCUACCUGCGCUCGUUGAACGUAGGUGGGGACUGUGUGGGGGUAGAUUAGUAAUAUCUGGGAUUUUGAUGUGAUGUAUUCGGAUUCCUGCACUUUUCUAGGUUAUUGUGAUGUUCUAAUGGAGUCGACACUUCAACAAAACCAUGCAUUCACACAUUUUAUUUGCUA